AAUUAGGGAAUCCGGGAAAAAGGCUGGUCAAAGUUUGGCAUGUGGGUACGUCAACGUGAAGCUUACUCGAUGUACAAGCGCUUGCCAUCGAGGGACUCUGCAAAUACAGUUGACACGGAAGAAAACUCCGGGCUGGGCUUUGACUUCGACGGAACCCAACUUCGACCUCCUACUCUGGCCAAAGUUGGAGGCCAAGUUGAACUUCAACUCCGACUUUGAAACGGAGCAGAUUUUGAUUCUUAUCGGAGUUGUUGAAAUCGAAGUUGAAGCAUUGAAGCUAGAGAGAGAGAGAGAGAGAGAGAGAGAGAGAGAGAGAGAGAGAGAGAGAGAGAGAGAGAGAGAGAGAGAGAGAGAGAGAGACCUACUACUGGCGAGGGUGGAAGACGGGCUGAAGUGGCACUGCAACGGGCAAACUAUCUCAAAUGAAGCACAAAAUCCUCACUCAGAGAGAGAGAGAGAGAGAGGGGGAGAGAGAGAGAGAGAGUAGUUUGGCAUUUCGGAUAGACUUAGAGUAGAAGAAGAAGAAAGAAGACGAUUGGUAGAAGACAACAAAUAUAUGCUCCCUUUAAGCGGUGCCCUAAUGGCUCUUGGGAAUUCUAUUUGGGCCUUGGCAUAGAAGCCCAUUACAAUACUACUCCUAACUUGGACAUUGAUUUCAUUCUACAAAAAUCCCCAAGGCCCAACUUACCGAUCCCAAAAAACGUGAGCUUGUUACUAUAAAUUGCCCAACUUUUUUCUAGUUGUGCUAAGGUUUCAGUCUUCAGCUUCUUUUCGUUGACACUGAUCUCCCUCAGCGAAAAUGUUCCUCUACAGAACAGUAUGUCUCCAGAAACUUCAAGCCCUUCAUGGAAGCUUUCUUUUCCUCAUGUAGUAGUUGCAACCAUAACUUCUUUCUUAUUUGGCUACCAUAUGGGAGUAGUUAAUGAACCACUUGAAAGCAUUUCUGUAGAUCUUGGUUUCAGCGGGAAUACCUUGGCAGAAGGUCUGGUUGUGAGUAUGUGUCUUGGUGGUGCCCUUGUUGGAUCUCUGUUCAGUGGUUGGGUUGCUGAUGGGGUUGGGCGACGUAGAGCUUUCCAACUGUGUGCUUUGCCUAUGAUUAUUGGUGCUUCUAUCAGCGCAAUGACUAAAACUUUUGAGGGUAUGCUCUUGGGCCGGUUACUUGUUGGUACUGGAAUGGGCUUGGGACCCCCUGUUGCGUCUCUCUAUGUAACGGAGGUUUCUCCUGCUUUUGUGAGGGGUACUUAUGGAAGCUUUAUUCAAAUUGCAACAUGUCUUGGACUUAUUGGAGCUCUGUUUAUUGGAAUUCCUGUCAAAGAAAUUGCGGGCUGGUGGCGCAUCUGCUUCUGGAUAUCUACAAUUCCAGCUGCAAUACUACUGGUUGCCAUGGUGUUUUGUGCAGAGAGUCCCCCUUGGCUAUAUAAGAGAGGAAGAACUGAGGAAGCUGAAGCUGCAUUUGAGAAGCUCCUAGGAGGAUCGCAUGCCCAACUAGCAUUGGCAGAAUUAUCUAAAUCGGACAGGGGAGAUGACACUGAUACUGUGAAGAUUUCAGAAUUGCUCUAUGGUCGCCAUUUUAAAGUUGUUUUUAUUGGGUCAACCCUAUUUGCUUUACAACAGCUAUCUGGUAUAAAUGCUGUAUUUUAUUUCUCUUCAACUGUUUUUAAAAGUGCGGGAGUACCAUCAACCCUUGCCAAUGUCUUCAUAGGAAUUGCAAAUUUAACAGGAUCUAUUAUUGCAAUGGCUUUGAUGGAUAAACUAGGCAGAAAGGUCCUCCUCCUGUGGAGCUUUUUUGGAAUGGCGAUAUCUAUGGCCCUUCAAGCUGUCGCAGCAAGUUCUUAUAUACCAGGCUCUGGAGAAUUGUAUCUAUCUGUUGGUGGCAUGCUGCUGUUUGUCUUUAAUUUUGCGCUUGGAGCUGGUCCAGUUCCGGGUCUCCUUCUACCUGAAAUUUUCCCCAGCCGAAUUAGGGCGAAAGCUAUGGCAGUCUGUAUGUCAGUUCAUUGGGUGAUCAAUUUCUUUGUGGGGUUGCUGUUCUUGCGUUUGCUGGAGAAACUUGGGCCACAGCUCUUGUACACAAUGUUUGGUACCUUUUGUAUAAUGGCUGUGAUGUUUGUGAAAAGAAAUGUGGUGGAAACCAAAGGGAAAUCGCUUCAAGAAAUUGAGAUAGCGCUUCUUCCGCAAGACUAGAAGUGGUACUUUUUUAUGGUGAAUCGUUCACCACCCGAAUAUUUUUUAUAAUUCAAGUUUCAUCCGAAGUGCAGCAAUACGUAAUGAAGGAGUGUAUAGUUAGAGAGCUUAGAUGCAUGUUAGGCCGAUGUAUACUGUUGCAGGGUCAGAUUUUGGUAAUGAUUUGCGAAGUUAGGAAUGCCAAUUCCUUGCAAAUCGUCCACAUGUAUUGCAAAUGUUUGUAUUAAAGUUUAGGCCUAUUGAUCAUCCUUGCCGAAGACAUGAUGAAUUUAAAAGAAAAAUAAAAAUAAAAAAUCAAUUGGCCUUU